AUGUAUGCAGUAAAUAACCCGGUAUAUGCAGCAAAUAACUUGGUAUAUGCAGCAAAUAACCCGGUAUAUGCAGCAAAUAACCCGGUAGAUGCAGCAAAUAACCAGGUAUAUGCAGCAAAUAACCCGGUAGAUGCUGCAACUAACCCGGUAUAUGCAGCAAACAACCCGGUAGAUGCAGGAAAUAACACAGUAGAUGUAGCAAAUAACCAGCUAGAUGCAGAAAACAACCAGCUAGAUGCAGAAAACAACCAGCUAGAUGCAGAAAACAACCAGGUAGAUGUAGCAAACAACCAGCUAGAUGCAGAAAACAACCAGGUAGAUGUAGCAAACAACCAGGUAGAUGCAGAAAACAAUCAGUUAGAUGCAGAAAACAACCAGCUAGAUGCAGAAAACAACCAGGUAGAUGUAGCAAACAACCAGGUAGAUGCAGAAAACAAUCAGGUAGAUGCAGAAAACAACCAGCUAGAUGCAGAAAACAACCAGCUAGAUGCAGAAAACAACCAUGUAGAUGUAGCAAACAACCAGGUAGAUGUAGCAAACAACCAGGUAGAUGCAGAAAACAAUCAGGUAGAUGCAGAAAACAACCACCUAGAUGCAGAAAACAACCAGGUAGAUGUAGCAAACAACCAGGUAGAUGCAGAAAACAACCAGGUAGAUGCAGCAAACAACCAGGUAGAUGCAGAAAACAAUCAGGUAGAUGCAGAAAACAACCAGGUAGAUGUAGCAAACAACCAGGUAGAUGCAGAAAACAAUCAGGUAGAUGCAGAAAACAACCAGCUAGAUGCAGAAAACAACCAGGUAGAUGCAGCAAACAAUCAGGUAGAUGUAGCAAAUAACCAGAUAGAUGCAGCAAACAACCAGGUAGAGGCAGCAAACAACCAGGUAGAUGUAGCAAACAACCAGCUAGAUGCAGAAAACAACCAGGUAGAUGCAGAAAACAACCAGGUAGAUGCAGCGAAACAAUCAGGUAGAUGCAGAAAACAAUCAGGUAGAUGCAGCAAACAACCAGCUAGAUGCAGAAAACAACCAGUAGAUGCAGAAAACAACCAGGUAGAUGCAGAAAACAACCAGGUAGAUGUAGCAAACAACCGGGUAGAUGCAGCAAACAACCAGGUAGAUGCAGAAAACAACCAGGUAGAUGCAGAAAACAAUCAGGUAGAUGUAGCAAACAUCCAGGUAGAUGCAGAAAAUAACCAGGUAGAUGUAGCAAACAACCAGGUAGAUGUAGCAAACAACCAGCUAGAUGCAGAAAACAUCCAGGUAGAUGCAGAAAACAUCCAGGUAGAUGCAGAAAACAUCCAGGUAGAUGCAGCAAACAACCAGCUAGAUGCAGCAAACAAUCAGGUAGAUGUAGCAAAUAACCAGGUAGAUGUAGCAAAUAACCAGGUAGGUGUAGCAAAUAACCAGGUAGAUGUAGCAAAUAACCAGGUAGAUGUAGCAAAUAACCAGGUAGAUGUAGCAAAUAACCAGUUAGAUGCAGAAAACAACCAGGUAGAUGUAGCAAAUAACCAGGUAGAUGUAGCAAAUAACCAGGUAGAUGUAGCAAAUAACCAGGUAGAUGUAGCAAAUAACCAGUUACAUGCAGAAAACAACCAGGUAGAUGUAGCAAAUAACCAGGUAGAUGUAGCAAAUAACCUGCAAACAAAUUCACGACCACCUCCUAAACGUAACCGCUUGGACUCGUUUGCUCCAAGUUCAAUCGCUGAAGAGGUUGGUGAAGUAAAGUAUGUUGGUCAAGGCUGCUGUAAACUCCAACUACCAAAUUUGGCAAAGAAAUUUAAACAUCCAGAUGGAAUUAUCGACCCUGGAGGUUAUAUAACCAAGUAA